AAGGGGGAUAACUCUAAUUGCGAGUGCUUGAAGAACACAUUGCUUGAGCUGAGUCUGUCAUAUCCUGUGGCCACUCACUCACUGACUGACUGUGUAUCAGAUCCUGUGGCCACUCACUCACUGUGUAUCAGAUCCUGUGGCCACUCACUGACUGUGUAUCAGAUCCUGUGGCCAUGCCCAAGUACUACCCGGACGAGGAAGGGGAGGAACCGAAGCAACAGCUUGCCUGCUCUGGCAUCCGAGAGGACCUCUUGGAUUGUCUGCUGAAGAGUGAAUGCGUGAUGAAGGAUGGUAAGACCCCCAGGGAGUGUCUGCAGCUCGGCCGCCAUCCUAGCAUACCAAACAAGUGUCAUAACCUCCGAACAGCCUUCUUCGAGUGUAAACGAUCAAUUCUUGACAUGCGCAGCAGGUUCCGUGGAAGGAAGGGCUACUGAGGUUGGCCGUGUGUAUGUGUGGAUGGUGUGGGAGUUGUGAGCAAGGGGUUCUACACAACCACCAAGUUCUCUUAUAUCAGCACUGCCUAACCUGAGACACGAAGACCACUAAGAAGGUGUGGUGUAGAAUUGGACCUGUGUGAAUCUGUGCCUCGUUGAAAGAUUACUCAUUACAGUUGAUUAUUCUAAGAAAUAUUGUCAGCUUAAGAUAUUCAUUAGUCUGUUUAAACCUUUAUCUGGAAAUUGAAUUUUAUUGCACCUGGUGCUGUAAAACAUUCAUUUUGCCUUUUAAAAAAUUAUAUAUGGAUAAAAAAUAUUGUACAGACAUGACAACCUUUGAAACAUGUUUCACCCAUGAGAUCACAUUUAAUGAAGUGAUAAGGAAAGACUUACUUAAAUACUCGUUUUGCAGAUUCAUAUUCCAAAAAUACUUGAAGAGAUGAAAGUAGAUACUGUUUGAAGUAUAACUCAUUUAUGUUUCAUACACAUCCACCCAUUGGGGUUCAUUUCACUGAGGAAGGGAAGGAAGGGGGAUGCUAUCCUCUAGCUUUCACUGAAGUCUUUGCUGGGGGAGUAGGAGAGAGCAAGCAUACCAGUCAACCUGUUAGUGUAACUGUAAACUAUGAGAUAUACUGUACUACUCAAAAGAAGUUAAGGAUCACCCGAUUCUUUCAUAUUGGUAAUGUUAAUCUGUCAUGGCAUGAGAGAUUAACUAUUGUAAUAUGGAAGAAUCGGGUGAUCCUUAACUUCUUUUGAGUAGUAUAUAAGGUUACAGUUAUUUCCCAUUAGAGAAUGUUUUAUAUUUUUUUUAAUAUGGCUAAGAUGUGAUCAGUUCAUUUGUAAAACAAAUAAUUAAAAUAGCCUGGCCUGAGUCAGAGACAUUUGUACAGUGAUUGUAAUGUAUAGUUUUUCACCAUUGACAGAAGAAGAAAUAUUUAGAUACGGAUGUCUUGUAUGUUGUGCAAUGAUGUUUAUAUCAGUAGUGAGAGAUAAAUAUGUAUAUGAAAUA